UCUCUGUAGUUCCGCCGGAACCCACGUGGUCGCUCAUCUCCUCAGAGACGAUCUUUGCUUGAGAGAAAUGGCGGACAGCUCGCUGUCGUCUCUGGGAGUGGAGGGCGCCACAGCAGCUGCGCAUGCGCUGUCUCUACCAGCUGACGCGUAUGGAAAUGAUCCGCGGCUCGAGGUCAUGUGGGCGAUGAAGGCCUACAACCACGCAGAGGUCUACUUCAAUCUCAUUUCUUCAGUUGAUCCAAAGUUCCUGAAACUGACGAAGCUGGACGAUCAAAUCUACUCGAUCUUCAGAGAAACGUUCAAGAGUCUCGACAUCAAGCUGCUGAAACCCGACGACCUGAAGUCUGACGAGGCCAAAGAGGUGUGGCGUCCGUUCUGUAACCAGUUUGAAGGACUCAUCGAAGAUUUCAACUACGGCACUCUGCUUCGCCUGGACUGUGAGAAGGAUUACACGGAGGAGAAUACUAUAUUUGCCACCAGGACUCAGUUCUUUGCUGUUGAAAUCGCUCGCAACAGAGAAGGUUUCAACAACGUAGUGUUCAUGUCAAAAUCCACAAAGAGCUAGUCCCAAGAUGAACCAGUAACAAACCAGUAACAAACCAGUAACAAACCAGUAACCGGCCCAUCCUGACCUGCUCUCCACCACCAGGACCAGGACCAGUCCUCCAGGAAACAUAAAGAUGAACUGUUAAGGUCUCCUGAGGGAGCAGCUUUUUAUUUCAUUGAGUUCUGAAAACAUCAUUAGUGGUUUUGGUUUGAUAAUUAAAAACCUUUAAUAAACGUUAUCUGUUAAAAAGCCUCCGUGCUGUUUGGAUUAUUCACUGCUUCAUUUUGUAUUUACUGUAAAGUUGUAUUGUGCCAAUCUGAAUGGUUGUUUAUUUUGUAUCACUGAAGUAUUUGUUUGCCUGUAACCAUGGAAACCACAAAUAAAGUACCGUGAGAUUUUC